AUGCGUGUCUCCAUCCUCAUCGCCCUCCUACCACUAACUCUCGCCUUACCAACAAAACGUCAACUCAAUAAUCUUCUCGGUGGCGCAACAGGAACAGGAACAGGUACCUCGACAGGAGGCGCAGAUCUCUUAUCUGGACUUACUGGAGGAGGGGCCGCGCCAGCAGCUGGCGGUAAGGCAGCUGGAGGAGCUACGGGAGCUGGGGGUUUGGAUGCGCUUUUUGCUGGGUUGACGGGUGGUGCGGGUGCUGGGGGUGCUGGGGGUGCUGCGGGUGCUGGGGGCGGCGCAGAUCUUCUUUCUGGGUUAACUGGUGGUGCUUGA